CCAGCCCUCUCUAUUCCAGCCUCAGUCUUCUGUGGUGAGUGGGCAAGGCAAUCCACAGAUCUGGUGUGUGGUGCAGGGCAGCCCUGCCAGCGCUCACGUCUUGUCUUGGUACCAGCAGCUGAGGGGGAGUGGCCCCACCUUCCUGCUGAGUCAGCGAGAAGGGAUGCCCCCAACCUAUGGUUUGGGUGUGAAUCCUCGCUUCCUCGUAGAGAUGGACCCAGCCAAGAAUGCCGCCCUCCUUACCGUGGGCAAUGCCAGCCCUGCUGACGAGGGCAUCUACUACUGUGCCCUGUGGUUUUCAGGCCAGUAUGUCUUUGGAGAAGGUACCCGUCUGCUCUAUCAGGCUAAGAUGCAAUCCCCGGCUUUCCAGCCACCUGAGCUGAGCCUGUUUGUCCCAGACUCUGGCCCUCCCUUCCAUGUACUUUGUGUGGCCCUAGGACACAACCCUGACCCUCUGAGGGUCUCCUGGGUCCUGAAAGGCCAGUAUCAGGAGGAAGAGGACUCCACUGGAGGAGCCGGGGAGCCCGUGGUCAGCUGGCUGCAGCUGCCUCGGGAGGUGGCAGGAGUGUCUGUGACUUGCCGAGGCUUGCACCAGACUGGAGUCUCAGAAGUCAUGCUGCCCCUCCCCUGCGGCCAAGGGUGCGGGAGAAGGCUGGAACUGGAGAAGAGGAAUGAGACUCAUGACAAGAUUGGACACACUCGUCUAGCGGAGCUGGAAAAGACCCUCACCGCCGCCGCCUGCUGCUACCUGGGCCUGCUUGCUGCAGCUCUGGCCUAUGGCUUCAUCGUGGCUGCCCUCCAGAGGGAUCGCUGCUGUAGGGCCCACCCUAUGGAGCCACUCAUCCGACAGGGUCAAAGAGCAGCCCUCGGUUCCAGGGUGCAGGUGGGCAAAAGGUGCCCCCCUGCCAGGGCCCUGGAGUGCAAGGGGCUGAGCCCCAGCAGAUUCCACGUCCUCCGAGGGGCUGCCCGUGCACCGGACCCUCCCUCCUUGUUCCAGCCAGCUUCCUCCUAGUCUGCUGCCUUUUGUUACCCCGUGGGGCCCCCUUUUUCUCCCAGACUGUUCAAAUUUCUCCACAAAUACAGGGAAUUUGAGAAGA